AUGACUGUGACAGCCGUACAGUCCAACAUACUGGCCCGGUUUUUUGUACGUAUCGAGGAUGACGUGCUGACAAUGAAGCAAAGGCAGAAAAGGGACGCCUAUUUCACUCCCCGUGAAUUAUUCGGCGGACAGACUAUGCAAUUUUAUAACCUUCUCUAUGCAUUUAUCUGUAUCAUCUUUGGCGCAGCAGUGUUGGCUAACUAUGAACAGACAUUUGUGUGUCUGCUGCUCCUACUGGGUGGCGGUGGAGCUCUCCAAGUUUGUUUCUGCGAGAAGCCCGAAUUUAUAACCAAGUGCGAGGAUACGGCUCUGCAUCUGUUCAAUUACAAUGCGGAUGGAAUUGUUGGUGCCUGGGCUGGCAGCGUUUUGGCACCGUUGGACUGGGGACGCCACUGGCAGGUAUAUCCCAUACCAGAUGUGAUUGGAGCUCUGCUGAAAGUGCAUUGGGUAGCCUACUCGCAUGUCUUGCAUAUGUGUGGACGUGUGUAUAUGAGCAAGAAGAGUUCUUAA